UCCAAGCGAAGAUUGGCCGGCGUUCUUGCGUGCAGACGUUGCGCCGCGGGGUGGGGCUGGAGAUCUGCGUCGCCCCCGCCCCCCUUCCCGGGCUUCUCAGCCGAGUCGCCGUCGCCGCCGUCGCUGCCGCACGCAGCGCCCCUCCCCCUCGUCCCGUGCAGGCCGCGGCCGGGGCCUCUAGUGAAAAGCGCGGCCGCUUUCGGUCCCGCGGGAGCCGUCUCGAUCAGAAGCCCUGCGUACGUCGGGGAGAAGAUGGCGGCUUCGCCCCAGCCCAGCCCGUGGGAACCACUCGUGGCCAUGCUCGUGUCGGGGCCGCUGCUCCGGCUCCUCUUGCUCGCCCAGACCGCUCUGUUCCUACUGCCCGCCGCCGCCACCGCCGCUGCUCGGACGGGCCUCUGCCCCGCGCCCUGCUCCUGCCCUCUCCCGCUGCUCGACUGCAGCUGGAGGAAGCUGCUACCCGCGCUCGGCUGGAGGGCGCUUUCGGGCCCGCUGCCUCCCGGCGCCACCGGCCUGGAUUUGAGCCAUAAUCGAUUAUCUAACUGGAACAUCAGCUUGGAUUCAGAGGUGUUACAGGAAGUGAAAAUGAAUUAUAAUGAGUUAACAGAAAUUCCUUAUUUUGGAGAAUCAACUUCUAACAUCACUCUACUUUCAUUAGUACACAAUGUAAUUCCAGAAGUGAGUGCAGAACAGCUUCAGUUUUACCUUUCUUUGGAGACACUGGAUCUCAGCUCAAACAUUAUCUCAGAAAUCAAGACAUCUUCAUUUCCUAGAAUGCAACUGAAAUAUCUGAAUCUGAGCAAUAACAGGAUAGCUACCUUGGAAGCUGGUUGCUUUGAUAAUUUGUCCAGUUCUUUAGUAGUGGUCAAGUUAAAUAGAAACAGAAUUAGCAUGAUUCCACCCAAGAUCUUUAAGCUGCCUCAUCUUCAGUUUUUAGAACUUAAAAGAAACAGGAUUAAAACUGUGGAAAGUCUUACAUUCCAAGGGCUUGAUUCCUUAAAAUCUUUGAAAAUGCAGCGGAAUGGAAUUAGCAGACUUAUGGAUGGAGCUUUCUUUGGCUUAGUUAACAUGGAAGAAUUAGAACUGGAGCACAAUAACCUAAUAGAAGUGAACAAGGGCUGGCUCUAUGGCUUGAGGACAUUACAACAGCUCUAUGUCAGCCAGAAUGCUAUUGACAGAAUCAGUCCUGAUGCCUGGGAGUUCUGCCAGCAACUAUCUGAACUUGACUUAUCCUAUAAUCAUUUAACUCGCCUGGAUGAAACUGCCUUUGCGGGACUGAGCUUAUUGGAGAAGUUGAAUUUAGGGGACAACAGGGUCACUCACAUUGCUGAUGGGGUUUUUAAAGACCUUUCAAAUCUGCGGACAUUAGAUUUACGGAACAAUGAGAUCUCCUGGGCCAUAGAAGAUGCAAGUGAAGCAUUUGUAGGACUCAACAAACUCACUAAAUUAAUUUUACAAGGAAACCAUAUUAAGUCGGUUACAAAGAAGGCAUUUAUUGGUCUUGAAGCCCUUGAGCAUCUAGACUUAAACAAUAAUGCUAUAAUGUCUAUCCAAGAAAAUGCUUUCGCACAGACACAUCUGAAAGAACUGAUGUUGAACACCAGCAGUUUGCUCUGUGACUGCCAGCUGAGGUGGCUGCUGCAGUGGCUAGUGGACAAUCACUUAGAACAGGCUGUGAAUGUGAGUUGUGCUCACCCUGAAUGGCUAGCUGGGCAGAGCAUCCUCAACGUGGAUCCCAAAGACUUUGUCUGCGAUGAUUUUCCUAAGCCCCAGAUAAGGACACACCCAGAGACCACAAUUGCUUUAAAAGGAGUCAAUGUGACCCUUACGUGCACUGCGGUGAGCAGCAGUGACUCACCAAUGUCAACUGCAUGGAGAAAAGAUAGCGAAAUCUUGUAUGAUGCUGACAUUGAGAAUUUUGCUCGAUAUCGCCAGCAAGGUGGAGAAGCCUUGGAAUACACUACGGUUUUACAUCUUUUCAAUGUGAAUUUCACAGAUGAAGGAAAAUAUCAGUGCAUUGUUACUAAUCACUUUGGUUCUAAUUAUUCUCAUAAAGCCCGAUUAACUGUGAAUGAGCUGCCAUCAUUUCUGAAAACCCCAAUGGACUUAACCAUCCGUACCGGAGCCAUGGCCCGACUAGAGUGUGCUGCAGAGGGUCAUCCGGCUCCUCAGAUCUCCUGGCAGAAAGAUGGUGGCACAGACUUCCCUGCGGCCCGAGAGAGACGUAUGCACGUUAUGCCCGAGGAUGAUGUCUUCUUCAUUGCCAACGUGAAGAUAGAAGACAUGGGAAUCUAUAGCUGCAUGGCCCAAAACAUUGCAGGCGGUCUCUCGGCAAAUGCUACCUUAACUGUGUUAGAAACACCUUCUUUCAUCAGACCUCUAGAGGAUAGAACUGUAACCCGAGGGGAGACCGCUGUCUUGCAGUGCAUCGCUGGAGGAAGUCCAGCUCCUCGCCUCAACUGGACAAAAGACGACGGUCCUCUGAUGGUGACGGAAAGACACUUCUUUGCGGCAGCCAAUCAGCUUCUCAUCAUUGUAGAUGCUGGGCUGGAAGACGCUGGGAAGUACACGUGCAUCAUGUCCAACACCCUGGGCACGGAACGGGGUCACAUCUACCUAAACGUCAUCUCCUCCUCCAAUUGCGAUUCGGCACAAAGCAGUGUUGGACACGAAGAUGACGGCUGGACGACCGUCGGGAUUGUCAUCAUCGUGGUGGUGUGCUGUGUCGUGGGCACCUCUCUGAUCUGGGUCAUCGUCAUUUACCACAUGAGGAGGAAGAGUGAGGACUACAGCAUCACGAAUACAGAAGAGCUGAAUCUGCCUGCUGACAUCCCCAGCUACCUGUCUUCUCAGGGAACGCUGUCUGAACCGCAGGAGGGCUACAGCAACUCGGAGGCCGGGAGUCACCAGCAGCUCAUGCCGCCUGGAAAUGGAUUCAUGCAUAAAGGCCCAGAAGGUGGCAGCAGCAGCCGGGUGAUUUGCUCGGAUUGUUAUGACAAUGCCAACAUAUACUCCAGGACCAGAGAAUAUUGUCCAUACACCUACAUCACCGAGGAGGACGGGCUGGACCAGACGCUGUCCAGUCUCAUGGUCCAGAUGCCCCAGGAGGCUUGUUUGGCACAUCCUUCCCCAGAAGCUGUGGCUGUGGAUACCUUGACAUCUUCAGGAGACAGAGACAUGUCUGUCUACCUCACCAACCAUGACAGGAUAAAUGAGAAGGCACUUGUAUCCUCCACACAAAUGAGCAAUGAAACAUCACAGCGGCCUUUAUGGGGCAUAAACAAAGAAUUAGGACUUCCACAAUCUCACUUUUCCCAGCAGCCAGUCCUUGAAUCACCACGACUUCUCCAAAAUGAGAACCUGACAGAAAGUGAUGAAGACCAUUCUGCUUCCCCCAGACCCUGUCACAGGCUACAAGGUCACUCCUUUGAUUUCAGCAGGACUCAGAACAUACAAGAUGGCAGUGAAGCUACAUGAAAAAUGCUCCACUCAGACUGGCAUGUGGGCACACACUCCAAUCCCCAAUUGUGUAUGUACUACCUCAGAGCUCAGAGGAAACCCCAAGGUUCACCUUUGCUUUCCUGUCAUGUUUACAAGUAUAACUGAGGGGACCAAGAGAGCUGGUCACUAAAGAGAAUGGAGGAGUCCAGUUUACUUCUCUCUUAGGUUGCAUCAGACCGAGAGAAGGCCUAGGUAUGUGACUAGUACAACAAUCAUUUCUUCUGGACCCAGCAAGAUGUGUCCAGUUUUGCAGUUGAAAGAGUUUGGAAGAAUGAAAUUGCUGCUUACUAUGUGGAGAGCUUGGCUAAUUUACUUGGUCUUCUGAGAAGCCCUUCUAAAAGUGCACAUCAAGUUUUUAUGUAACCGUAAGCCUGACUUUGAGCUGGUGCUUUCUUUUUCAUGGCAACAAACAAGAAUCACAUCCUUGUUUUGGCAAACUGGUACCAAGUUUAGGUCUUUGCGUUGUUAAGUUUUCUGUCCCUGUUCAGACCAGGACAGAAGGUGUAAAUACAUUUUCACUUAUAAAUAUUUUUUGUAUUCACUUCAUGUAAAAUUCCAGUUUAAUGUAAAUAUUUUUUUAUUAUGCCAAAUUAUGUAAUAUUCUGUUAUUUUGACAGCUGCUUUAACAGACCAGUAAUGGAUUUUGUAGAACUUGGAAAAUUUAAAGAAAUUGCAUUGAAAACUUCUUAGUAAUUAAGAAGUCAAGUCUGUGUGUGUAAGCAGGGUACCUCAUAAUUUACACAUAGAUGGCUAUCCUGGUAUAACUUAACACUUUUUUGUAUUCUUUUCAUUGGCAGAGAUUCACAAUUUUCUUCUAUAGACAGAUUGUUUGUCCUCAGUUACUGCCUUUUGCUUUGUAAACCUCAGGUGGCACUGUGCUUUUGAUCCAAAAAGACUUGUCCUGUUCUACUAGCCAUAUAUAUAUGGGGUUGAGGGAACAACCUAUUUUACCAAAGACAUUUCUUUCAAAAUAAAUAGAGAAUGUUUUUUUAAAAAAAAAAAAGUAUACUACACAGAGAUAAAACUUUGUCUUGGGUGAAGAGGAAAGUACAAUACAAAAAAGCUGUAGAAGGAGAAGCUCUUGCUCUAUGAGGUCUUUAACUUAGUGUUUAUGUAAAUGAUAUUUAAGGCAGAUUAACUUUUCCUACAAAUAAUAAUUCUGAUUACUAAAGAUAUUGUUUGUAAGGUGACUCUCAAUGGGCAAAGAAUAUUAUGUUGUGAAUUUCUUUUCCUUAUAGCCUCUGAAUCUCUUCUUAUGGUCAAGUUCAGUAUCAAACCCAAUAAUGGCUUGAACCAUUUAAUGGGAUGUCAGUUAUUAAUUAUUUUACUAAAAUUUUCUUGUUUAAUAUGCUUCUCAAGAGGAUCUAGAUUUAAAAAAAAAAAAAAAAAGAUCUAGGUUUUCAUAAAAAUUUCCAAGCUGUCCACCAGAAAUUUUAGCUAUGUUUCAUUGGUUGAUUUAAUUCUUAUAUUUUUCUUACCCACCAGCACUUUCUUGAUUGGAUACUAUCUUUCCCUUGUUUAUUUUUUUUCUUCUCUAAAACACUACCAAAUGGAUCCUUUCACUUAGAAUCACCUCUCAAAAAACUGUCUUCAUUUAAACACUUUUGAAAGAUAGCUCUACUUCUUAUUUGUCUCUCUCUUGUUAUAAUAUGAGCCAUUUUGAAAGACUCCUUUCCUGAUCCAAGAUCGACCAACACUACAUGAAGAAAAGCAGCUUUUCACAGAAUAACUUUAAGGUUAGAACAAAGGAAAAGAUUUUGUCAGCUCCUUGUACCAACAUCCCUGACUCACUUCCUCUAUGGCAAGAAUGAUAGCAUGGUAACAAGCUGUUCCUUGUUAACCAAAGUGAUAGCACAUGGCUUGGCCACUGUUUAUUUCUGUUCUAUAAUUUACCCACUCACUACUGUCUCAAGAAUUAUCUAUACUUCUCCAGUCAGCAGUUCAUUCCUCCCAUUAGGAGGGCACCUUCUAACUAGUCAGCCUAAAGUGUUUGCAUUCUCUUCCUGGGAUCCUUAGGAUCCUUCAGUAAUUUUUUUUAAGUGAAGAUUUUUAUAUUUCGAUAUUUUUUCAAUUAUGAUGCCUA